AUGCAUGAUUGUCAUACUCGGCGUGCGCCAGUGAGCCCCUCAGCGCCAUCCGAAGCAUCCCUCAUCGCGAACACGACUUCUGCAGCCAUGAGCGGCGCGAGCACCAACUUUGGCGGGCUGUCGGAGGAGGCGGCGCGCGUGGCGGGGAUAAAGGGGAAGAAGAGCACGUUCAAGGAGAAGACGUGGGUGAACCCGUCGCGCACGCUCUACAUCACCAACGUGCCGCCCGGCGCCUCCACGGAGCAGCUCGAAGGGCUCUUUCGCCAUCUGGAGGGCUUUAUUGCUUUUCGUCGGGUGCGCAGCAUGUGCUUCGUUGACUUUGACGAGAAGCAGCAUGCGACAGCAGCCAUGUGGAAGACGAACGGGCACAAGUUCAAGCCGCACCACGACGGGCUUCUCGUCAGCUAUGACAAGGACGACGGGGAGGAGAAGGGGGGGUGGAGCAUGAGGCAGCGAGUGGAGGAGCGACAGCGCAAGGCAGAGGCGGACCUCUCCCGCGUGCUCUACCGCUGCGCCGCCUGCAACCACUUCUGCUUCAAACUUGCGCGCCCGCUGUCAGCCCUGCCAGAGAGGCGCACGGACGGCAGCAGGGUGGUGGAGGCGGCAACGGACCUGGUCACCAUGAUGGCCGUCAAGGGCGGCCAGAAGCUGCUCAAGAGGGAGAAGGGAGUGGAGCGCCAGUUCCGAUACAACUGUGAGCUCUGUGACGCCUGCAUGGCGUACCGCCCCGUGCCCUACGAGCAGGACUCCAAAUACAUCUACCUCUUCCCCGAGGCCUUGACGGAGUCCAAGCCAGGCCAGCCCAACCACUCCUCCCCGGCAGCAGCGGUGGCGGCAGCGGUGGCAGCGGGCGUGGCGGUGUCCCCUGCAGUGGCUCAGCUGCGGCCCGUGACUGUGGCUGCUGAUGGGCUCCCGUCCAUCCUCGGCCUCCCCGGCAUGCCCCUCCCUGCCAUUGCUGAGGACGCUGCUGCCGCUGCUGCUGUACCUGGUGGCGCUGAUGCUGCUGGUGGUGCUGCUGCUAGUGGAGACGGGCAGGGGGGUGGAGAGGGGGAGGUGGUGAAGGGAGGGAAGGAGGGUGAAGAAGGGAAGGCAGGGGAGGAGAAGGCUGAUGGGAAUGAUGGCAAGGGUCGAAGCAGGCAAGAGGACAGCAGGCCACAGGUUCGCAGGCGGGGCGCGGCGGAUCGGGGAUUGGCGGAGCCGGCGGCGGUAGUGCGCGGGCGGGAGGGCUAUCGGGGGAGCGCAGGGGGUAUCGGCGUCGGGGGAGCGCUUCAGUUGCGCAGCCGCGCGGGCAGCAGGAUGGGCGCGGGGGGAAGUAGCGCGGGCACGGAUCAGCCCAGCAGCAGGGGAAGCGGGGGAGGCGGCGGGAGGGGCGCGGCGCGGCGGGUGGCGAUAGUGGCGGUGGUGGCGGUGCUGGCGCUGACGCCGCUGCUGGCAUUCACGAGCGUGAUGCCGCCAUGGCUGCACGCGCACGGUGGCGCGCAGACAGAGGGGGAGGUGAGGGGAAAAGGCAAGGUGACUGGAGAGGGCGAGCAGGCAUCGCUGGUGACCCAUGCUGCCCUGCCCCACACGGAUCUUCACACGGAGGUGAGGUGCGGUGAGACCCCCACACCAGGGCUGUCAACAGUAACAGCAGCAGAAGCAGCAGCGCCUGCUGCAGAUUUUGAGCUGCCCUGGCCGGAGGACUCCAUGGCGCUGUGCCUUGUCGGGCAGCUGCGAACGUUUGAGCUGACCGGGCCAUCCAUAGCGGCGAAUCUGGUGGGGGUUGAGGGGUACGGGCAGGCAGACGUGUUUGUGGUGACGCCCCUCGAUGAGAACUCCGCCAAGCUCCUCGCCCUCAGGGGGAUGGGGUGGGCGGAGGGGGCGCAGGGAGCCGGGGGAGCCAGGGAAGAAAACGUCAUGCAGCAAGGGGAGGCGGGGAGAGGGGGAGGAGGAGGAUUGGGAGGGCCAAGGCUGGUGUCAGUGCGAGUGUUUCCGGAUUUCAACGUGAACGAGGCGCUGUACCCCACACACGCGCUCAAGGGGCUGGAGAACGGGCCGCAGGGGCUGCUGCAGCAGUUCAGCAUGGAAGCCAUGUGCGCUGCUGAUAUUGCUGAGAGAGAACGCCGCUACAGCCGCCGCUACAAGUGGCUCAUGAAGGCCCGCCCGGACUCUUUCUGGGCAGCGCCGCCCGCGCCGCUGGGCGCCUUGGAGUACUGGAGCUUGACGGCGCCGCCCGGGUUGGAUUUUGGUGGGGUGAAUGACAGGCUGGCGGUGGUGCCGCGGGCGGCGGGCCGGGCGGCGUUUGCGCGACUGCACAUGCUGGGGGCUGUGAGCGAAGGCGUCGGCGAAGCUGGCAAGCGAGUGAACGCGGAGACGGUGUACGCGCGCAUGCUGCAGCGCCUGAAUGUGACAGUCACGCGCGCGCACUUCCCCUUGUGCCUCGUGUCACACCACCAGUUCUUCCGCAUGCUCGCCCUCCCCAACCUCCGCAACCGCCGCGGCGGCGACUACUGCCGCCCCUGCCACCACGAGCCGCCGCCCAACCCGUUUUGCGAGCAGACGGGGCCGUGGGCGGCGGACUGGGCGGCGCAGUUUGACCAGCAUGUGCCGGAGCGGCUGGCGGCGGGGCGGCAGGCGGUGAUGGCUGCGGUGGAGGGCGGUAGAGAGGGGUGUGAGGCGCAGGUGGCGCAGGUGGGUGGGGUUUACUGGUGGAGGAGAUAUCCCUCCCUCUGUCCUCAUCUCUCACUUCUUAUGCUUUACGCCUUCUCACCCCCUCCUCGUUUCCGUCUUCCCCUACCUCAGCUCUCUCUUGAGGUUCGGCGCCGAACCAACCCGUCAGCCUCGUCGACAGCCCCACCUGCUCGCCCUGCUUCCCUCUCCCCGCAAGACCAACAACUAGCAUCAGCUUCCACCUCCCCCAGCCAACCCUCCCUGUGGCAACGCCUGCUGGGGCGGCUGGGAGGGAGGUCACUUGUUAGGGGGUCGGAGCAAGUGGGAGUGAUGGAGGAGCAAGGGGCGGCAGCAGCAGCAGCAGCAGCAUCAGAGGAGGAUGCAGCAGAGGCAGCAUGGAGGGAGGCAGUGAGGAGGGAGGGGUGGAGGGCGCCUGCACCAGCAGUGCUGUGUGUGCGGCAUGGGCUGGGGAAGGCAACGGUGUUUGGGGCGUCUGGCACGGGGCGGGGUGGCAGCUGGUCCGCGUUCCUGCAGCACCUCUUCGCCCUCACCCACAGCAUCGCAGUGUCACUGCCUGCCACCCCGCCCUCUGCCGACCUCCUCUGGGACGCCCACCUGCUCUCCGCCCUGCCCUCCAUGCGCCUCCUAAUGCUGCCAAAACCGCCCGCCCAACCCACUGCCACUGCCGCCCAAACUGCCGACGCUGCCGCCCAGCAGCAGUCAGCAGUGGCAGGCAGGGAAGUGGGUGCACAGUACAAGGCGGCGUUUGAAGCAGCGGUGAGGCGGAUAAAGGCGCAGGAGGAGGUGGUGGGGAGGGCUGGGGCUGCUGUAGAUGCGGACCAUGUGCUCCGGGCUGCAGGGGCGUCCAAGCACGUGGACCUCAUUCGAGUGGGAGUGGGGCGCCUAUGGGACCUGCAGGGGCUGCUAGCACGGGGCAUGAGCACGUGCCAGCUGCUGGUGGACGUGGAGGGCGCGGGGGAGGGCGUGCUGGCGCAGCUCAGAGGCAGAUACUGGGAGGGGGGGUCGGGGCGUAGGGAAGGGGGUGUGGAGGGCGGUGGUGCUGAUGUAGGGAGGGCUGGCGUGGGUAGGAUGGGGGGGAGGCGACUGCAGCAAGUGGGGCAGGGGGCGCAGCAAGGGGAGGGGCAAGAGGGCGAGCAUGGGGUAGAUCAAGGAGGGCCAGAUGCGAGCAAGGAGUUGGAGGAGCUGGAUGCGUUUUUGCUGCCGGAUGACCCGCUCUUAGCUAAGUGGCAGGGAGAGGCGGUGCUGAGGGAGGUGCAGCGGUGGCUGUCUGGAAGGUCAUUCCAUCUGGACCGGUGUGUGUCGGGGAAUGAGGAGAGGGUGGGGCGAUGCACCUUCUUCUCCCUCACGCACUGCCAGGCCCCUUUUACCGCCCCUCAACAAACAUCUGGUAGAUAA